AUUAUUGGAAAAGUGAUUAAAUAUGUAGAUAUCGAAAUAAUAAAGAAAAGAUAAAUUUAAAAUAAAAAUUUGUAGAUUUAUUUGAAAAUAAUUCUGGUUAUAAAAUAGCAUAGCAUGCAGGUCCAGAAAACGCGUGGAGAAAUACGCCGGCCCAAAAAUAAACUUUAAGCGUUAUUUCCUUGCGGGAGGUAAUGCAUAAAGUUGAGUGAACUGUCCAAUAGGAGUAAUUUUCAAACUGUUAACAUGAUUUCCGGGUAAAAGUGUUUUGUCUGUCCGCGGAACUGACGGUUCUAAUAAUUUUAGAGAUCAAAGAAACCGAAAAUCAGCCAACAUACGCAAUGAGAAAACUUGAGAUUUUUAUUUUAUUGACAAUAUAUCUGAUUUUUUAACGAGCUGAUGUAAUUUCAUCGUUAUUUUCGGAUUGAGAAUGUGAGAAAGUUUAAGUUGGGUCAAAUAGAAAUAUACCAUCGAGUAAAAUUUAAAACACAUGUGAGAAUUAGAGCCGCGAAUUGGUGCCGAGGUUUUUAGCGGCUGAAUUAUGCAUAAAUUUGUUGGGUCGAGGCUUUAUUGCGAUUAAUGUUUCACGGGCAUUGUUCCAAAAAAAAAUAAUGAAUGAAUUCCUAAAUCACUUAUAAUAAUUCACAGCGUAAACGAAAUAAUCAACGAAAAUCGUUGGUAGAUUAAAAUAUUAAUGUGUCAAAAUGUCUUACUGUAGACAAAAAUUGAAAACAUGUUGUUUUACAAAAAUAUCAAAACAAUUACACCGUGUUAUAGAAUACGGGCACUGAACAAACAAUAAAAAGGUAUUUGUCAAAUUUAAUAUUGGCUUAAAACCAAAAUUCUCAUGAUUUUUGUGAAGAAUAAAAGGAUCCCGUAGUGAUGUGGGUAAAAAUAACAGAAGCUGCGAGUGAUUUGGGAAAUAAACUGAGAUCUAGGAAAGACAAUUGACAAGGACAAGGUCGAGGUUGUAAAAAAGUAAAAUGAUGUUAUUGAUUAAUAGGCUAAACAAUAUAAGAACAAGACAAUGAAAUGAUGGAGUGAAUCCAGCUCGAACUAAGUGGAGAUAAAUAAACAAUAAUGUCUUUUUGUAGGAUUACGGGGAGGAGCCGUGGCCUCCCCAAACCAAAUUAUUUUCCGUUGUUGCCUCCGAUAAGUCCAGCAGACGCUAAAAGAUUUUGCCGAAUAACUGGUAAAUCAUAUGGGCUACCGACGCAUCAUUACAUUCCGGUUUUAUUGGGUGUCCAUAAAACGGAUAAGUCUAAAUGUCGUGUCACGAACAACAAUUCUGGCGCGCAUCAUCAAUAUACUGCUGGUUUCAUUCUUGCUGGUGAAAAACGCAAGCACGUGAUAUUGAAAGACUAUCGUUAUGUGUUUCCGGUGUUGGAAGGUGAUGGAGAACAACAAAAAGCUCUGAGAGAACUUUUGCGUACCAAGGAACCUCUGGGUGAUGGUGAAGAAAAUUUGAAAUUUGUUUAUACGGUUAAUGAGAGACGUUGUAGCCUGGUAUUUCCGGCUCAACUGGAGGCGGCAGUUAGAGAUGGAGAUGUUAAGGAUGUUAUGCUGUCGCGAGACUGUGAUACUGUUUUAUUAAGACUGAAGCAGGGUAAAAAUGUGUCUGUUGAUUUCAAAGAUUUUGGUGGUGAUGAUUUAGAACAUUUGUAUGACGGCCUCGGACCAAGAGAAGAUGUUUUGAAAGAGCAGGAACGGUUGGAAGCAAAUGCUCGUAAGCGAAAGAAGAAACGAGCAAAUGGGUUGAAUUAUGCUAAAAAAAUAUUUGAGGACAAAGAAAAAGCUGCUGACGAGGCAGAAGAGCAAGAUAGUAAGAAAAUGAAGCUGAAUAUUAUCAAGGAAGAAUUUAAAGAAGAGAUUAUUAGCUGGAAAAAUGUUGAUUUGGACCAUGCACGCGUGGGAAGAAGCCAGUUGACUGCAAUUUCGAAUCAAGAAAGUUUAAACUAUUCGAUCACGACUUCUUGCAAUUGGGAAUCGCUUACAAGUAAUGCUGGAGUAAUUGGAACGCCGAUUGUUGACAAAUUACCGACCCCUGUCCAAAUAGAGGCUGCGACAAUUGAUAUCGAGUCAACGGCUAUCGGAGUUGUUACUUCGCCGAUUUCAGAAGAAACUGGGGGACUUGAAGCCAUUUCAAUCAUAAAGCCAUUAACUCCGUUGAAUGUGGAACCAGAUCCUGCUAUUUAUGAAGCGUUGGUCAAUUUAACUGCUGAAGAACUUGAGGAGACUGCUGAUGUCAAAGAAAAAUUUUUGAACGCCGGGAAAGAAGCUCUGGAAGCUCUGCCGACUGUAGAAGAAAUUUCUAAGCUCGUGGAAAAUGUUGAAAAGGGUAAAAAGCAUGAAAUCAAUAAAGUCAAGGGUUUGAAAAUUGACAUUGAGUCUGCGCAGAGAUUCGUCACGGGAAAAACAGUACAAACCCCAAAUGGCCCGGUAUUUGUACCGGGACAAACUCUGCAGACACCAAAAGGUCAGACUUUUGUGCCAGGUUUCACAGUUCACACGCCGAGUGGACCAGUUCUGAUUCCUGGACAAAUAGUAUCGGUGACGGAAGAAAAUAAACAGAUGCCUGUAUUCAUUGCCGGACAAACACUUGAAACGAAGAGCGGGGUCAAGUUUGUGCAGGGUCAAACAAUGCAUACAAGUGAAGGCGCUAAGUUUGUCACGGGUCAAACAGUUUUUACGGAAGAGGGUCCGAAGUUUGUGGCAGGUCACGCUGUGACGCAAGAUAAGUUUGUGGCAGGUCAAACAGUCGUUACAGAAAAGGGCGCACAAUUUAUGCCUGGUCAAACAAUAACAAAUGAGCAUGGCGAACACAUAUUUGUUCCAGGACAGAGUGUAAAAAAUAAUCAAGUAUGGAGGUUUGUUCCGGGUCAAUGUUUGUCAUGUUCUAUUGGAGAGCCAGUAUUUGUACCGGGGAAAACGAUGCAAACGUCCGAAGGGCUACGUUUUGUAGCAGGUCAAAGUGUAAUUACUGAAUCUGGCAAAGAACAAUUUGUUCCUGGAAUGACGAUGGAAUCGAAAGAAGGACCAACGUUUGUUCCUGGUACUACUUUGGACACUCCACAAGGUCCUAAAUUUGUUCAAGGCAUGGUUAUGAAGACUCCUGAAGGUGAAAGAUUUGUUCCAGGCACAACAGUCGUUGGGGCGGGUGAUAGUUUUGAAUUUGCUGCAGCAAAAAGUGUCAAAGACAUAACAUUCUUAGAAGCCGGGCCCGUGGGCAUUCCUGUGGAUCCCAAAACUGCAAAUACCGUGUCUUCAUUAGAACAGCAAGAAAUAUUUGGACAUAUGGUACAAACAGAACAUGGAGUGGAAUUUAUUCCUGAGUCGAAAAAAAUUCCUGAAGGCAAACGAAUCGUCCCUGGUCAGUUGGUACGUGGUGGUAAAGAUGGUCCACGUUUCGUACCUGGUAUGAUGACCGAAGAAGGAUUUCUGCCUGGACAAAUAGUAAUAACAGAAAAAGGUGAUCAGUUUAUACCAGGACAAGUAGUGGAAACUAGUACGGGACCAAAAUUUGUACCAGGAAGAAUGGUAGAGACUAGAACUGGCCCUAAAUUUGUGCCGGGUCAAACAAUGGAGACAACAGAUGGUCCACGCUUCGUGCCAGGUCAAAUAGUGCAGACAAAAGUAGGACCUACAUUCAUUCCCGGUCAAGUAAUAACAACCGAAAAUAAAGGAUCGCGUUUCGUACCAGGACAAGUUGUAGACACUCCUGAUGGUCCACGAUUUGUUCCAGGUCGAGUAGUAGAAUCUGGAGAACUAGGAGUCACUUUUGUUCCUGGUCAAAUAGUCCAAACUGAAGAAGGGCCUCGAUUUGUAGCCCCCGAUUUAAUGGACACCCCGGAAGGAGAAAUGGAAUUUUCCGUUCAAGGGUUCGAAGUCACUCCUGAAGAAUUGGCUCUCUUACGCCCAGAUCACUUGCACUACAAUGCAACUUCUAAGCAACAUCACGAACCAAUGAGUAUCGAUGCACGAAUGUUAAAACAAUUAUCUGAAGCUGGAAUGUCGGUAGGCAGAAAAAUAUCAGCCGUCGUACCAAACGUCAAUGUUGAUGUCGAUCCUACAGCAAUCGCGCUAGAAAACGCAUUGGUAAUCGCAAAAAAACUUGGCCUUAAAGGCGAUUCUGCCGUAAAAAUGGCUCAAAUAGUGUCCACAGUUUCUCAAUUAGCCAAUAAUAUAGUCAAUGAGUAUCAAAAUAACGAAAAACCCAACUUUGAAAGCCUCUGUAAUGGUCAUAACAGCAAAUCCUUAACAAACGGCUCGAGUCAUCAAAAUGGUCACACAGAAGAUGAUGACUGGCUUCAUGAAGCCGUUAAAGGCGCAAUAGCUACUGCAAUACUUGCAAUAACUGACAUCGAUGAUCAGACGCCUACAAAUGGUGACAAAUCUUACGUUUUGUCAUCAAUCAGCGAAGCAUUCAAUGUAUUCCUUCGCCAAGGCUCCUCGUCAAUUGAGCAGUCCGUCGACCAGGUUCUGAAAAUCCUCAUGGUCCCUCAAAGUCGAACCGCCUUAUGCCAAACCGCAGUAAUCGAUCUCCUGGAAUCCACCAGCAACAAAGUCGAUCUCCUAAAGUCAACAAUCGUCCGCCACUCACUAAAAAGCGACAUCGUUCUUGAACGCCUGUCAGCUGUACUCGAGGAAGAACAUGGAUCAGAUUUAGUGGGCUCAGCAUUUCGCGCCGUAUCAAAAGACGAUCCCGAAUUGGUUUUACGUGUUCUAGAGAAAGUAUCUCAAGAAGUAGCUGGCGUUGCAACAGAUCGCGAAGCCGCCGAAACCGUUCACAAAGCAAUCGUGCAGGCCGUUCGUGAGUCCAGUGAACUUCAUGUCAAAGAAUUGCUUCUAAAUGACAACUACGACGGCAAUAACAACAGCAACAGUAACCUACGUGAAUUAAUUCUUCAAGCAGUUGGACUGGCACGUGCUCUAGGAAUGUCAACAACGGCAAGCAGCUUAUUGGCUGUGAUAAGUGAUGAAAAGUCAACGAAACUCUUAGCCAAUGACAGAGUCACUCUGGAUAUACUAAAGCGUCUGACAGUGAUGCGAAAAUUGGCUGAAGCAAGACCACAAUUCAUAGCAGCAUUACGGGAUCUGACAAGUGAUCCAGAAAUGGCACGUUCUGAUCCACAUUUACGAACACUGGUUCGUGAAAGCGCUGCGUUGAUGAUCGUACCAGAAGAUGCUCCUCUGCAGUCGUCCGUUGAUGUACCAACAGCCCUACUCAAUGCAGAAAAUAGCUUAGCUAUAGAAGAUUUCUUAAUGCGCAAGAGUCAUCGGCCAUCAACAAUCUUUAUGAUUCUAAAACACGGAUUGCAAGCUGUCGUACCACGUGAAGCUGCCCACGCGGUUUUAACAGGCCAAGUUGCUUACACAGUUCUAGAUGAAAACGGCAUCACCCAUUUUGAGCCCUUGCAUGUAUUCAAUGCUCUCAGAUUGAACAAACCAACUGCCCACCGUUUUUCGAUGUACGCUUGCCCGGUUGCCGGUGACGAUGACUUUGAAAUGGAACUAAUAACACCUUAUGGAAAUAAUAACAACGGCAACGCUUACGGAACCGCCGACUCGGUUAGUAGUUAUGACGCUUGUUCGUCCACUAACGGACGAUACUAUUCGUCACAGGAUUACAGCAGCGGCGUCACGCUGACGAGAUCCGAUAGGACGAUAGAAAAUUCAGUCAGUCGAGAAAACACUCCAUGCUUUAGAAGACUUAGUUGUCUUCACUUAGACGACAGGGGUACUGCUGACAACUUCAUUGUUGUCAAGGACUAUGUAUCCGAGGAAGACAAUGGAUUUGCUGUGAAAAUCGGGGAUAUCGUUGAAGCUAUAGAGUUUAACGACGAUCUAACAAAGAGAAAAAAAAUGGACCCAGAUUUGGAAAUAGGCGAAGUGGGCGCUUGUUUAGAUAAUUCAGCAGCCAGACAUAAAUUGUCCGUUCGACCUAAAAGAAGACACGUGGAUCCACGAUCUCGUGUCAUCACCAGAUCUAAUUCUGAUUCAAACAUUAGAGCACUGGUGAAAAAAAUUGAUGGACAACAAGGAUGGCUGCCGAUGUCAAUUCUGAUGCAAACGGCUCUCAGUGAAGACAGCUCAACUCUCACUAGUCAUCGACCCGAAGACUCACAGUAUCGUCGAGAAGCUGUCGUAAAAGAACUGGUGGAAACGGAAGAAGAGUUCGGUCGAGAUCUCCAGCAAGUUGUGGAACGAUACCUGAAACCGCUAGACAACCCCGGUGUGCCUCGCGCCGUUCGUGAUAACAAAGAAAUAAUCUUCACUAAUUUCAAACAAAUCGCCGAUUUCCAUAACACAUCGUUUGGCAGGGUAUUAAUCGAGGGGGUCAAGUACUACGCGGACCAGCCACGGAUGUUAGGCAAAACAUUUUUGAGACUGGAAAGAGAUUUCGACAAACAUGUCGCCUACUGUCGAGAUGAACCUGCAGCACAAGAAUUUCUGCAAACCAGCCUCGAAGUCCGAGAUUAUUUUGAGGAAUUGAGCCAGACUCUUGGAGACGACAAAAGCGUGUCGGAACAUCUUAAGCUUCCGAUACAACGUAUUAACGACUACCAGCUCCUAUUAAAGGAGCUGGUUAAAUAUUCGACUCGCCUUGGCGAAAACUGCGACGACCUCCAGAAAGCACUGGAGUUGAUGCUCGGUAUCCCUCAUCGAGCAACAGAUAAUAAAUUUAUAAGUAAUAUCGAGGGAUAUAAAGGAAAUAUUCAUAAACUUGGACGAUUACUGACACAUGAAUGGUUUACGGUUGUUGACAAAGACGGCAAAAGUAAAGAGAGAUAUUUGUUUCUUUUCAAAGCGCGUAUACUUGUUUGCAAAGUAAGACGUAUUUCUGAGGACAGAUCAGUUUUCGUUUUGAAGGAUAUUAUUAAACUACCAGAAGUUGAAGUCAAAGAUUAUCCAGACGAUCAACGUACAUUUGAAUUGCAUAACCCAUCGGGAGCAACGGGUUAUCCAUUAACUUUAAUAGCUCACAAAGACCUCGUAAAAGCGUACUGGUUGAAGGAAAUCCGUCAGUAUUCGAGUGAUUUGUUGGCACUGGCUGAGCACGCGGCUGACGAUCUUCAAUUGAGUGAAGAAAAAGACACUGAGGAUAGUAAAGUUCGUAAGCUUGAGGGAACUAAAAUUGAUUUGCCACCUCAAGCUAAAAAAUAUCAAGAAACUCCGACGAAAAUACCAGUUAGAGUUGAACCGGCAAAACCACAAGCUCCAUUACAAACUUCAUCACAAGCCUCAUUACCAACUCUACCACAAGCAUCAUCAGCACCGCCAGCUGCGGAAGCUAAAACUGCUGAAAAAAGAGAAAGUUUGACUAAAGUCGAAGAACUAGAAGCCAAAAAAGUUAAAACUGAAGAAAGUCACGAUAUGUCCAAGUAUUCAUCAAGUCAUUUCAGUGCUUCUUCUAAAGUUGUCGAAGAGUACUCGUCGGUAUCGAGUAGUCGGAAUGGAUCGUCUUCAUAUGUCGAAACAUCAUCAUCGUCGCUUGCACGAGCGGAGAGACGUGCUUCGUCAUCGCUUUACAGUUCAGAUAAAAUAACAGAAUCAUCUGGAUCCUACGAAACGGCUAUCGGCGGUUCAAGUGAAACAAAGACCUCCAAGCUCGCAGUUACUGCCGCGGAAAGUGUGAAACCGAAAUUUGUUAAAACGAUUGAGGGUAUCAGCGCCGAACCUAUCCAUGCAAAACAGGCAAUCAUUCACGUAAUAGCGGGUGAAAGUGCAACCUUCGAGUGUACAUUGGAGUCGAGCAGCGAAUCAUGUCGCAUGCACUGGCUGAAAGACAACAAGCCGCUAGAUGACAAAAUUGCAGAUCGCGUCAAGAUAACAUCAACUGACAAAUUAUUUAAACUUGAGAUAACAAACGUCUCCGCAAGUGACUCCGGUAUUUAUACGGCCCGAGCUGCUAAUGGAGAAGGAAAUGCCACCUGUACGGCUCAGCUUGUUGUAGAAAGUCUUACAGCAGAAGAACGCAAAGCUAAAGCUGAAGCUAAAGCUCCUGUCUUUUUAGUUCGUCUAAAAGAUACUGAGCUUUUAGAAAAUACUUAUUUACGUUUUAUGAUAAAAGUUAAAGGCGAUCCUACUCCAGAUGUUAAAUUUUACAAAGACGGAAAGUUGAUUGAUGCAACCAACAAUCGUGUAAAAAUUCAAACCGACGAAGAUAAAUAUAAAUCUGACAAAGGAUUUUAUGAACUGGUGAUACCUGACGUUCAGAAGCAAGAUGCUGGUACAUAUUCAUGCACUGCGACAAAUAAAUUCGGAGAAGCAACAUGCGAGGCCACGGUAUCAGUAACUGAUGAGAAGACUCUAUUUGCGGGAUUACCUGAAGGAGUAUUUGAAGCUGGGACAGAGACCCAAUUCAGGUGGCUCCGGGAUGGGAAACCAUUCAAUCCGGAAGAUCGAUUCAAAGUUUUGUUUGAGGACAAUGAGGACACUUUGGCUCUGGUAUUCCAACACGUUAAGCCCGAAGAUGCAGGAUUGUACACUUGCGUUGCGCAGACAUCAACUGGUAACAUCAGCUGCAGCGCCGAGUUGACUGUCCAGGGUAACGUUAAGCAGCUGAUGAAAGACCCCUGCAAGCCGGCGUUGGGUAGUGAAUCCAGACAGUCGGAAGUAAGUGCUGGAGGUUCAGCGAUGCUUGAUCUACAGGUGAAAGGAUUUCCCAAGCCGGACAUCAAGUGGACCAAAGACGGGAAAGAAAUUGUCGCCGGUGGACGGAUCAAGUAUCUCUGGGAAGAUGAAGAGUCAGUGUCACUGGUCAUCAAGAAUGUUACAGUAGAAGAUGCGGGAACUUAUACAGUCCGUGCUAAGAAUGAACUGGGAGAAGAUACGACUUACAUCGAAUUGAUUGUCAAGUCUGCUCCCAAGUUUAUCAAGAAACAAACUGAUACCUUCGCGUAUAUUGAAACCGAGGGAAAGAUGACGGUUCAGAUCCAGGCCUCACCCGCACCAGAAGUUAAGUGGUACAAAGACGGCCAAAUACUCGAGGCAUCCGAUCGUCUUUCGAUGACACGAGAUGGCGACCAUUACAGUUUGAUCAUCAAAGAAUGCCGUUUGGAUGACAUUGGCUCGUACUCGGUGGUAGCUAAGAACGAAAUAAAUCAGACCUCCGAAUUUUGGAACUUCGACGUACGCUGCCCACCCAAGAUUAAGAAGAAGUUGGGCGAGCCGAAGGUUAUUGAUGAAGGAGAUACCCUGACGUUACUAAUUGAAGUCGAAAAUACUCCGGAGCCUACCGUUGUCUGGCUAAAAGACGAAGUCGUUAUCAAAGAAGACCAAAGGAUUCAAAUUAUCAACGAAGGGCCCAGGCGGGGAUUGAAAAUUACCGGCACCGUUGACAUUGACGCUGCGACUUACAAAGCAGAGGUUUCUAAUAAAGAUGGAACUACUGUUGAUCAAGUUGGUGUUGAAGUUCGCUCAGCACCGAGAUUCAAAAAAGAAAUGACCGAUGUGAUUGCCAGAGAAGGGGAUGCAGAAGUCGAGAUAUCAGUAGAAGUUGCCGGUUAUCCGCGACCGUCACUCCAGUGGUACAUAAAUGACAUGGAGAUAACCGAAGACAAAACCGAGUUUUCUAAAUCCCAGGAGGGUGAUGUGCACACGUUAAAAAUAACUGACGUUAAAACCGAGCACGCGGGUCGCUACACUUGCAGACUUAAAAAUCAGUAUGGCAAGAAAGAGAGCAAAGCCAAUCUGACUGUUUACUGCAGACCUAAAUUGUUGAAAAAAUUAGCAGAUCAGAAGUUAAAUGAAGGAGCCACGUUGAAAUUACAAGUACAAGUGGCUGGUACUCCAACUCCUGAUGUAAAGUGGUUCAAAGACGGGAAAGAAGUUUCAGCAGACGCGAGAAUAAUUAUAACUCGCGACAGUAAGCGUCAGGAAAAUUAUGAUUUGACAGUUAAUUUACUGAAAGGUUCUGACGGAGGAGUUUACGAGGUGCGAGCUACCAACGAAAUGGGAUACGUUUCUUCUAAAAGCAAAGUCAUUAUUCUGACGAAAACAGAAGAAACAGUCGAGAAGAAAGAAGAGGAGAAAGCUGAAGAAGAUGUUGAAGAGCCUCAAGGACCCGAAGGUAAUAAAGUGGAGAAAAUAACUAAAACGAAAGUAGUUAAUGGAAAAGACGGAGAUAUGAUAACUAUUUCCGUAGAAUCAACGACUGAGCAUCAAGCCACGAUGUCAGGUCCGGACGAGUGUCACACAAUCAGCAAGAUGAAGACCACUAAAGUUGAAUGCCAGGAGCUCAGUACCGAGGAGGUGCCACAAAUUGAAGAAAUACCUUCGUAUAGUUUUACGUUGAAAGACAAUACAGCCAGCAAUGGAAUCGUUGAGGAAUUUUCAGACAAAGAAGACAAAGACACUAGACUCAAAGUAAAUCGGGGGGUUUCCAUUGUCUCGGUCUCAGAUGACGAGUCGAUGAAAGCUCUGUCCCGAGAUGUCAGUGGUGAGGAUGUCAAUUGUCAGUAUGAGAUCAAGACUAAUGGAGGGUUUGAAAACUCUAAACAUGUCGAAGAAAAUAUUAUUGAAGAGUAUGGACCUAAUCAUGCGAUCAGGUACAAGGAAACUAUCAUCGAAGAGUGUUACGUUGAUGAUGGGCGGGAUGGCGAGGCCCAGAUUGAGAUGAUUGAAGAAAAAUCUCAGAGAGCUAAGAAGUUGUCCAGGCAGACUUCUAAGCUUGAAAGAUUGGAUUCUACUGAAGUUACUGAUAAAAAGGAAGUUAAUUUAGCGAAUGGUAAUGGUCCGCAUAAAGCAGAGGUAGGAGAAAGUAAAUUUACGAGACAAAAUUCAAAGCUCGAGAGAAUGGAGUCUGAGGAGAAAAAAAUAAUCACUAAAGAUUUAGAAUCGUCUCAGAUUCCGGAAGUUGAAGAAAGUAAAUUAUCAAGGCAGAGUUCGAAAAUAGAAAAACUGGAGUCGGAAGAAAAAAAAAUUAUCACGAAAGAUUUAGAAUCUUCUCAGACUCCAGAGGUAAAAGAAAGUAAGUUGUCGAGACAGAGUUCGAAAGUAGAAAAACUGGAGUCGGAAGAAAAAAAAAGUAUUAGAAAAGAUUUAGAAUCAUCUCAGACUCCAGAAGUAAAAGAAAGUAAAUUGUCAAGGCAAAGUUCGAAAGUAGAAAAACUGGAAUCUGAAGAAAAAAAAAUUAUCACAAAAGACUUAGAAUCUUCUCAGACUCCGGAGGUCAAAGAAAGUAAAUUAUCAAGACAGAGUUCGAAAAUUAGUCGAGUAAACUCCGUUGAAUCUAAAGCCGAAAGUGUUUCAAAUUUGUCUAGACAAAGCUCCCAGGCUCGGUCUAAUUCUAUUGUCAAUGGUAAUAACUACGACGAUGAUGAUGACGCUGACCUAGAUGACAAGACUCGCGAGCUUUUCAAUCGUAUCAAAAGACAAAGAAGCGUUCUCGAAGAAAUUUUAGAUAAGGAAGCCGAUAAAAAAGAUAAAACCGCCGACGGCCUUGAAGCCGCGCCGUCGAUAGUGAGCUCAGACUUCGAGGACUGCACAGUAUUCGCGACCCAGAACAAGACAUUUACAGUCCACGGAACGGGACUACCGCGACCUGACGCCAAGUGGUUUAAAGACGGGAACCCGAUCAGGUCCGCGGACAAAGCCAAGCCGGGACACACUGGAGAGAAGUUUACUCUCUCAUUCACAAAACUCACGGAGAACGAAACGGCUUUGUACCAAUUAGUCUUGUCCAACAAACUUGGUACCAUAAGUGUCGACGCUUACAUCGAAGUUGCUCCAGAGAGUGAGCUUCGUAAGCCCAGAUUCACUGAACCCCUCAAGGAUAUCGAUGCUGAGAAAAAUGGAGCCGGCACUUUCCAAUGUGUACUUACGGCUGAUCCCAUUCCUGACAUUAUCUGGUCAUAUGAAGGAGUUGACUUGUCACCAGAAAACGAUAAAUAUAAAAUGGAGCGUUCGACUAAAAAAGUUGACGAUGCUCUUAUUGAAUGUACUUACAAUCUCACUGUGAGCGAUUGCACUCUUGAAGACGUUGGAAAGUAUACAUUACGCGCUGAAAACAAAUGGGGAGAUGACAGUUCAAACGCGCGUCUGGAGUUGUUGGUGCCGCCAGAAAUUCUCGAGUUCAAAGAACUCAAUGCGGCGGUUGAAGAAUUAUCUAAAUGGGAAGUGAUAAUAAAAUCGAAUCCUCGCGCAGAAUUGACCUGGGAGAAAGAUGGGAUUAUUUUAGACGACGAAAAUCGUUUCGCUGCGGAAGAUAAUUAUCGUGACAUGAAAUAUUAUUUGGUAUUGAAGUGCGUCGAGUAUGAUGACGCGGGUGUUUAUAAAGUUACAGCUAAAAAUUAUUUAGGAGAAGAUACUGCUGAAGCUGAAUUAGUUCCCUACACUGAGCCACCAGAGUUCCUGUUAGAAAUAACCAACGGAUCAGUGCGUCAUGACGCAGCGAUCGAAUUCAAAAUCGAGGCCAAAGGAAUCGCACGUCCGAAGAUCCAGUGGCUGUUGAACGGCGACGAGAUUAUUCCAGACGAACGUCAUAUUAUAACGACCACAACAGACGGUCACGUGUACAGCCGGCUCAGAUUUGAACACUUCCAGCAGAGCGACGAAGGCGAAUUGACCUGCGUGGCGACAAAUCGCGCUGGCAAAGCAAAAUCAAAGUGCACGGUGUCGAUGAUCCGUCUGCCGCCCACGUUCGCUGAACUACUCCCCCGCUCACAGCAAAUCGAGGAAGGCGCACCCCUGGUAUUCAACAUCGAGGUCGACGGCAGUCCUUUCCCGAAAGUCACCUGGUUCAAAGACGGUGAAGAGAUUAAGCCUGACGAUCACGUGAAAAUUGAAACCCAGCCCAACGGUUCAACUAAACUGACCAUCGAGAAAUGCACACCCACUGACAGUGGCGCUUACAAAAUAAUUGCAAAGAAUAAUAACGGAGAAAGUACUUCUCAGUGUGCAGUAGCUAUCAAACCGACACCACGCAAACCAUCAUUCUCAAAACCGCUUGAAGAUGUCACUGUAACAGUUGGACAACCUCUGAAACUCGAAGCCCAAGUGGUCGCAUUCCCAAGUCCUGAGGUCCAGUGGUUCAAAGACGGGCUCCCCGUGCGCCAAUCACCGGACAUUGAAUUUAUAAAUGAGCCCAACGGUCUCAUGGGAAUAUCUAUUGACAAAGUGAAGCCCGAGAAUGCCGGAACCUAUUCUCUGGUGGUUAAAAAUAAGCUUGGAGAAGUAACAGGCAAGGCGGUGGUGACUGUCGAGGCCAAAGAAAAGAAACCCGAGUUCUUGUCGACUCUUCAGCCGAUGACUGUCGUCGAAGGUUUUCCUGCAAAGAUGGAGGUGAAGAUUGUCGGAAAACCUUUGCCACUGAUCGCCUGGACUUACAAUGGGGUUGAAAUAAUUCCUGAUGGAACGCACAUUAAAAUAGUGUCACAGCCAGACGGAACUCAGGCUCUUUUAAUUGAUAAAGUUACUGUCGACGACGCGGGUGAGUACGGAGUCGCAGCGCUCAACACCGUGGGCGAAGAGGAGUGCAAAGGAAUCCUCAAUGUCAGUAGUAAGUCAAAGUCUGAUGCACCUGAAGAGAAACCUUGUUUCUUGGGACCACUGAGAGACACGAGCAUCGAAGAAGGUGAGCCCUUGACAUUCAGCGCCUCCUUUGCUGGCAACCCAAUGCCCGACGUAUUCUGGACCAAAGACGGAGAGCCCAUAGAACCUUCAGAUCGCAUUUUGAUGACUUGCGACGGCAAGAAAGUCGGACUGGAAAUAAAUCCAACUACUGCAAAAGACGCUGGUGUCUAUCGCUGUCGUCUAGUGAACCCUUCAGGCGAAGACACCUCGAACGCCAUUGCGACUGUUCGCAAAGUAUUCCAACGGCCUAAUUUCACUCAAAAGUUCACAGACUUGCAACAAGUACCCGGUAAUGACGCCAAAUUCGCGGCGAGAAUAACUGGAAUACCCAGACCUGAUGUGUCCUGGUACUUCAAUGACAAACCAAUUCCCAAAGAUGCUGAUAAAUAUAUAAUAAAACGUGACGGUGAUGCUUGCUCGCUAUUUGUUAAAGAUUGUAGUCCUUCAGAUGCUGGUAAAUAUAAAUGCAGAGCUAUUAAUAAAGACGGUGACGCUUCUUGUGAAGCUUUAUUGACUGUUGCUGAUAAAAUAGACAAGCAACAAAAAGUAGAACCACCAUCAUUCUUAAAGAGAAUAGGCGACUGUGAGGUUUACAAAGGAAUGACUGCCAAGUUUACAGCAUGCGCUACGGGAAUUCCUGAUCCAAGUUUCGAGUGGUACCGCAAUGAUGAAAGACUUUGGCCAACUGACCGUAUUAGAAUGGACGAAGAGGGCAGCGGGUUGCUGAGACUGACGAUUCUCAAUGUUGAGGAACACGAUGUCGGAAAAUACAGCCUGAGAAUUAUAAAUCCCCAUGGCGAAGACACUUGUCAUGCUGAAAUGCGUUACGAGACAUUGGAACCGCGUACAAAGAAACCGCUUGCUGAUCAAUACUCAGAGUUCGACAAGUACCGCAAGUCAGGAAUACCUCUGCCAUUAGCAGAUCGCCCGAUAAUCAGCCGGAUGAUGGACCGGCACUUGACCCUCUCCUGGAAGCCCUCGAUCCCCAUAGGGCCGCGUGUACCUGUCACAUAUUUAGUGGAGAUGUGCGAGCAGCCAGACGGCGAUUGGUUUACGGCACGCUCGGGAAUUCGUAGCUGUGUCUGCGAUAUCCGCAACCUUGAGCCCUUCCGCGACUAUAAAUUCCGCAUCCGCGUGGAAAAUAAAUACGGAAUCAGUGAUCCGUCACCUUUCGCUCAGACAUACAGAUCUAAAUUACUUCCCGACCCGCCUAAAUUCCAUCCCUAUUUACCACCAGGCAUUGACUUCCGUCCUGAGACCUCUCCGUACUUCCCCAAGGACUUUGACAUCGAGCGACCGCCUCACGACGGCUAUGCCCAGAUUCCCAAGUUUCUGCGUCAAGAACACGACACCCAGUACGGCGUCAAGAAUCACAACUGCAACCUCUUCUGGUUUGUCUAUGGCUACCCUAAGCCUAAAAUGACUUACUAUUUUAAUAAUGAAUUAAUAGAGUCAGGAGGCCGUUACGACCAGAGUUAUACGCGCAAUGGGCAAGCGACACUAUUCAUCAACAAAAUGCUGGAACGCGAUGUCGGAAUGUACGAAGCAAUUGCGACAAAUGAACACGGCGAGGCGCGACAACGUGUCAGACUCGAGAUAGCAGAGUAUCCAACAUUUAUCCAGCGACCUGAGGAGUCUUACGUCAUGCUGCGCAGGAAUGGACACAUCCAAGCCCGCGUUACUGGCGUCCCGUUCCCCGAAUUGAAGUGGUACAAAGACUGGAAACCUUUGACAUCAACCGCUCGCGUCAAGAUCGACUUUUUUGACCCAGACACUUCCGUACUCACAAUAAACGACGCGAUUGUCAAAGAUGAGGGCCUCUAUUCCAUCAGCGCGCGCAAUGUAGCUGGAUCCGUAUCUUGCUCGGUGAUGGUUCACAUUGAGGAGAACGAGCACGAGUAUGGCUACCGGACUUACACCCGGAACACUGACGUCAAAACCAAAGUCAAGCCCUUCGACGAGUUCUAUGAUCUAGGUGAUGAACUUGGUCGCGGUACUCAAGGAGUUACUUACCACGCGGUUGAACGCUCUACUGGACGUAACUUUGCUGCUAAAUUGAUGCACGGACGCGGUGAACUGAAGCCCAUCAUGCUCAGUGAAAUGAAUGCUAUGAAUCAUUUGAAUCAUCGCAAACUUAUUCGUCUCCAUGACGCGUACGAGACUGACGGGUCAUUGAAUCUCGUGAUGGAGCUGGCCGCCGGUGGAGAACUAGUUGACACUCUUACUCGCCAACCUUUCUACAACGAAUACGAAAUCUCUAAUUACAUCAGACAAAUUUUACAAGGACUUGAGUACAUGCACAAUGAAAGCUGGGCACAUCUAAGUCUUACGCUCGGUGAUCUGCUGAUCUCUCAUUCAGGAGGUGACAGUUUGAAAAUAACAGACUUUGGUCUAGCGCGUCGUAUUUCUUACGGCAGACUGAUGACUCUUGUAUACGGAAUGCCCGAAUACGUGGCUCCAGAAGUCGUAAACGAAGAGGGAGUUACUUAUGCAGCAGACAUGUGGUCUCUAGGUAUCAUAACUCACAUUCUCUUGUCUGGAAUAUCUCCAUUCCGCGGCGCGAAUGACCGCGAAACACUGACUAAAAUAAAAAACGGUACUUGGGACUUUGACGAGCGAUGGUGGCAAAACAUAUCAACCGAAGCGCGUGACUUUAUUCGCUGUCUGCUAGUCUACAAAGUUGACGAUCGUAUGGAUGUUACUGCAGCAUUGCGCCACCCCUGGCUCAACAUGACAGACAGAGUGCCUGCAGAACCCUACAAAAUUCCCUCCGAAAAUCUUAAAAAUUACUACACAUUGUUCAGGGACUGGUACGGCAACGCUUCCUGCCGCACUUGGUACCGCAGACGCAAGCUCAGUAGCGCAUUCGAGCAUCCAUCUCGCAUGGUCUAUCCACCUGGUCAUCGGUACACUCCUGAGCCAGAGGAACGUCCCUUUACACCCACCAAGCGCGAUAAGCCAGAACCCCGUACCUGGGAAAACAAAGUGCCGUCUCGCGUGCCGAUUGAUACUGAAAUUGGUAUCAUUAAAAAUGAAAGUCACUAUCAGAAUGGACCUGAUACAUAUCUACUCCAAUUACGUGAUACCGAUUUCCCAGUACGUCUACGUGAGUAUAUGAAGGUGGCACACAAUCGUGGAUCAGCAUUUGCCCGCGUCUUUGACGACGAGGGCUACGAUUGGCGUACGCCGAUAAUCCGAGAACGGAGACGGUUUACUGAUGUAAUGGACGAAGAAAUAGAUGACGAACGUAAAGCUCGUAUCAAUAAUUACGGCGCUGCUGAUUGUCACACAAUGAGACGUCUACGUCAUGAGCUGGGAACUAGACUGGACUCUUAUGCCGAAGCCGAAGCGAUGAUGGAGACCAAAAAGGGCGGACACUUGCCAUUUUUACGGGAAAAACCCCAGAUGCUACAAAUCCAAUGCGGCAAGUGCGCUCAGCUGACUUGUCUGGCUGUAGGUAAUCCCAAACCCGCUGUUCAAUGGUUCAAGAACGACCUCGUGAUCCAAGAAGGCAAGCGCAUCAGCAUAAUUGAAGACACUGACGGCAGGUCUAUAUUGAGUUUCAACCCAGCGCGUGAAAUCGACAUUGGAAUUUACAAAGUAGUCGCAAGAAAUAACGUUGGACAGACGGUAGCGCGUACACGCGUCGUUCUGGCAACAGAGCCCGGGUUGCCACAGGCACCUGAAGUCUGCAAUGUAUCUGAUACAGAAGUGCUGCUGCGCUGGAAACCACCAAAAGAUGAUGGUAACUCGGAAGUACUUUGCUACAACCUACAGUACAAAGCCGGAGAUUCCGUGGAUUGGAUUGAUGUCGCCAGCAAUAUUGACCACGAAUUUUAUUUAGUUAAGGACUUGCAGCCCAACACCAGCUACCACUUCCGGUUGGCUGCGAGAAAUCGCAUCGGGUGGAGCGAAAAAGGAUUCGAGACUAAUCUAAUUCAAACAAAACCAGAGGGGGCGCCAAAAAUACCCAUCAGCCGGGCGAUGAAACAUCUCCAGUAUUUGACUGAAUCGGGGCACGAGAUAGUUCCCAAUGAGGACAAACCCAAGCUGAACUAUGAUAUCGAAGAUGAACCUAUUGAAUGGACCAUCGACGCCCAGUUUACCGGACGCUAUACAUUUAUAUCAGAAGUUUAUCGCGGUCAGUUUUCGAUGGUCGUAAAAGGCGCAGAAAAAGAAUCAGACAAAUUGGUGGUCGCUAAAAUACUCGAAGCCAGUCAAGACCGCAAAGAAUUUGUCGGCGAAGAGUUUCAGGUCCUGAGAUCUUUGAGACAUGAGCGAAUAGCUCUGUUGGAGGCAGCUUACUGGGCAGCUGACUCCCCAGUCGCCGUUUUUAUAAUGGAAAAAUUACAGGGCUCAGAUGUGCUGACUUAUUUGGCCAGCAGACCAGAGUACACAGAAAACUGCGUCGCCACAAUAAUCACCGAGGUUCUAGACGCACUUCAAUAUCUGCACUGGCGCGGUUACUGUCAUCUAGACAUUCAGCCCGACAACAUCGUCAUGGCCUCUCUCAGAUCCGCGCACAUAAAACUAGUAGACUUUGGAUCCGCUCACAAAGUUUCAAAACUAGGUACCGAAGUACCCCAGAAUCUUGGACAUCUUGAGUACCGAUCACCAGAAGUUCUCAACGAAGAGCUGGCCUACCCACAGACAGACAUCUGGAGUGUCGCUGUACUCACUUACGUUCUCCUCUCCGGGGCAUCUCCAUUCAAGGGCAAUGACGAGCACGAAACAAGACAAAAUAUUUCAUUCGUUAGGUACAGGUUUGAAUAUUUGUACAAGGAAAUAAGUCAAGAAGCCACAAGAUUCCUCAUGUUGUUAUUCAAAAGGACACCUAGCAAAAGACCAACAGCUGAAGAAUGCCAUGAACACAGAUGGGCAACACCAACAGAAUUUAUGAUUAAAAAACGUGAACGAGCAUCAUUUCCCGGCAGUAGAUUGAAAGCAUACAAUGAAGAGUAUCACGAAGAAAAAGCUAAACUAGCAUCCAGAAAUGACAAUUUGAUGAUGGCUUUUGGUAACAUCCGCCAAUUGAACAGAUCAUACAGCACGCAAGACGAAUUAAUCACAUCGAUUGACAAUAUUCAAUAAUUUAUGUGAUUUUUAUAACAUUAAUCUUAUUUAUUUUAUUAUUAAUUAAUUAAAUAUUUAUAAAUAUAUAUAUAUAUAUACUUAAUUUAAAGGUCAUUGAAAUUAUUAUUUUAAUAGACCGCGAGUCUAUUGAGUUUUUUAAAAUUUCAACUAAAUUUUUAGUUGACAUUUUUUUUUUUUUUUCUCUGUUAAAACUUUUAAUGACUCGAUUUUAUCAAGUAUUAUAAAUUUGAAAAAUUAUUACUAUUAUAAUGAUAAUU